CACAUGCACCUCCCAAUCCCAACACCAACUCUCUCUCUCUCAUCUCACUAACCUUGUUGACAUAGCUCAAGCUCGGUCACUGCAACUUCAGCUCCUGGCAAGAAACUAGCUAGAGGAGGAAGAACAAGCUUGCUCGGUUGGUCACUGCAAUAACAAUGGAGGUGGUGAUUGAUAAUGCCGCCGGCGUGGCGGCAGGCGACGUCGCCGGGCAGUACCGGGGCGUGAGGAAGAGGAAGUGGGGCAAGUGGGUGUCGGAGAUCAGGGAGCCCGGCAAGAAGACGCGCAUCUGGCUGGGCAGCUUCGAGUCCCCGGAGAUGGCGGCGGUGGCGCACGACGUCGCCGCGCUCCACCUCCGCGGCCGCGAGGCCCGGCUCAACUUCCCGGCGCUUGUCCACCACUUCCGCCGCCCGGCCACCGCCGAGCCCGACGACAUCCGCGCCGCGGCGCUCGAGGCCGCCGCGCAGGUCCGGUUCCGGCCCGACCUCGUAAUGCUGGCCGGUGGCGGCGGCGGCGGCGGCGACGGCGACAGCUGCGGCAGCGCCGGCAGCCCGGACCUGCUGCUCGGCGACGACGUGGCCUGGGACGUCCUGCUCGGAACCGACGAGCUGGCGCCCGAGUCGCCCAAGAUGUGGGCUGAGCUGGCCGAGGCCAUGCUCAUGGCCCCGCCUGUAUGGGAGGGCAAUGCGGCGGACAAUGACGAGUGGGCCCAGGGCAACCUCUGGGACCUACCUGUCUGGCACUGCUAAUCCCGGGCCCACCACCCAGCUGAUGCAUCUUCUUCACAUCCUUUGGUUUUAAGAGGUGUGAUGAAAUACUAGAAAUCCAUAUGGAUUAAUCUUCCCAAAAUACAUAUAGAUUAAUGAGGUAUUCUAGAGAGCAUAAUCAUGGUUAAGAAUGUUCUGAUGAUUCUCUUCUUUGUUUCUGGGCAUCUCUGGUCCUGUGUCAGUGUGCAAUUUCUUGGUAGUUAGCAAAAGGUCUAGCUAGCCAGCACGUGCAAUUCACGUGGGUAAAAACAAUAAGUAUGAUGUGUAAUUCUUUCUGUUUUUUGUCAUGGAUGAGAAGUUCAAUUGCAAUUGCAAAAAUAUAUAUAUGACUGCAAAAGAAAUGAAGAGACA